AUGGAUGCCUGUCCUGCGAACGAGUGCUGCAUUUGCUACGAGGGAGGUCCACAAGUACGAGUUCUCAGCUGCAAACACACUAUUUGCACAGACUGCUGCCGAAAGAUCCGUUCAACCAGCUGCCCCAUGUGUCGGAAAGAUAUCGAGGACUCCCUGCUGCUAGAGCUUCGAAUUGUUCGUGUGCGGCGUCAGGGCGCAUACAGCUUCUACAUGGCCCUUCCUCUGCUGGCCCAGGAUGAUGGCUCGGACUUCUUUUCCACUGAGCAUUACCCUGCAGGUUUCAGCCAGGACUUCGAAUUGUGCAUCCCCCCAUCAGUCUUGAGAUUGGCCAUCGAGCGCAUCAAUCUGCAAAUCGCUUCGGCGCAGUUUAGCGUCGCGCUGUGUUGCGGCUGGAGCAACUCGAUGCUUGCUCGACACAGAGUCAUCCGAGCAGUGAAGGAACAGAAUGAGGAGUGGCGAUAUGCAAACAUUCCAUGCUAUUUGUGCCUGUCUCCGGGAUGGGUACUUGCCCAGAGCACUCUGUACCUGCAGUGGGACCCCGACCGUGACGUCAUUUAA